UGACGCGGAGCCCCUGUCCAGCCCUAGAGGGCAGGGAGGAAUGCGAGCCUUUGGGGCUGCGUGACCCUCCCUCCCGGGCUACAGGCUGGACUGGCGGCUCCCCAGAGCAGUGGCCGCCGCACCGGCAUCAGGGACCUCCAAGGAAAAUCCUCGGGGCGCAAAGGGCCACUCCCCCCUUCCCCCCCCCAGGGAAGAUGCCCAGGUCCUUCUUGGUGAAGAAACACUGGAGCAACAGAAUCCCCAAUUAUGGCCAACUGGAAUCUCAGAAAGAGAUCAAUGGGUCCUGCUACACCUGUGAGGGACUGGUCUUCCCCCUCCUCCUUCAGGACAAAGCGGCCCCUUCUGGAUCCAGUGAUGCUAGCAGCUUGUGGGACCGCAACUCUGUCAUUGCCUGCAUCUCACUGCCUCUCCCCCUAAAUGGGGAGGCUCGAGAAACCCCCAGCCCAAGCCCUCUGGAAAUCAGUGUGGUGGACUCCCUGGACGGCCGAGUUCCUAGCAGCCCUCUCAAGGAUAGCCUGAGUCAUCUCACCCUUUCCCCGUUGCUGGACAUACCUAAGAGGUGGCCUCUCAAUCCAGGGCCAGAGGCAGUAAAAGCUCCAGGAAAACUGCUUGGGGGUGGAGGUCCACGAGGCGGGAGCCCUCCACUGGGCUCCGUGGGCUGCUUUGAAUGCUUUGACUGCCACAAGACAUACCACACGUUCUCCGGGCUGUCCAAACACCGGCAAUUGCGCUGCGAUCUUCAGGCCCGCCGGUUCUUCAGCUGCAAAUAUUGUGACAAGGAGUACUCCAGCCUGGGGGCCCUCAAGAUGCACAUCCGAACCCACACGCUGCCUUGUAUCUGCAAGAUCUGUGGCAAGGCCUUCUCUCGACCGUGGCUGCUCCAAGGCCACAUCAGGACUCACACAGGUGAGAAGCCGUAUGCCUGUUCUCACUGCAGUCGGGCCUUUGCUGACCGCUCUAACCUGAGAGCCCACCUGCAGACGCACUCAGACAUCAAGAAAUACCAGUGCAAGGGCUGCACCAAAACCUUCUCCCGCAUGUCUUUGCUGACACGACACAAGGACGCAGGCAGCUGCCCAGCCUCCUGAUGGCCAGACGCGGUCGGGGAGCUGGGGGAGAGCUGGGGCUGGAACUGAAGCACCCCGCACGGGGGUCACUCUUGGAAGACUCUAUGGAGCCGGGCGAGGAGCAUCGGGGGCCCCGGAGAGCCGGAUCUCGGGUCUUUCGUUUGGGAUGAAGAGAGCUGAGCACUGUGCGCAGACCAGCCUGGCUCUCCAACUGCCUUUGGUCCCUCCUCUGUGCCUCCUGCUUCAUUUUGUCCCACAUGGAAACUUUGCUCCUACCUGGGGGGAAAAGGUGGGAAGAAGCCCUUUCCUCCCUUUACCGGCUUAAGAAUUCCAUCUUACUCUUCAAGAGGCGGCCUGCUAGGAUAUAGGGGAAGGCUUGAAGAAAUGCCAGCUGAUGAGCGGAUAGACUUCUCCACUGAUGGACUCAUAUCCCCUUCCCAUCUGUGACUGGACAGGACUCUGACGUGGGCACAGCCAGCUUUGCAGACCCGACUAAGGGCCAGUGGCAUGCUGUAAGGGCUAGAAAACUGACUUAAGCAGCAGACUUAAGCUGUGGUCUUGUUUCUGACAACAGGACAACCUGUUCCAUUACUUUGCCUGGUUUUCCCCUCUCAAAAAAAAUGGAAAAAAAUGUGUGUGCACCAGACAAUGGCAAUCAUGGUGGGUUGAGGCAAGUGGAGCUGGGGCUCCCUCUGCCUGACUGGCACCUUUAUAGAGGCAGCGGGGUUAUUGUUGGUGUUACUGACUUCUGUAAGGAAAUAUACUUUUUGAAUAUUAAAAGAGGAAUCUCAAA